AUGCUGGCUGUGGAGCUGAGUCUGAAGAAUGGGAGACACCACUGUGAGGGGAGAGUGGAAGUGAAAUACCAAGGAAAAUGGGGCACAGUGGAUGAUUACUGGUGGAGCUUGAAGGAUGCAAAUGUGGUGUGCAGACAGCUGAAAUGUGGACAUGCUCUUGAUGCUCCCAGAGCGGCUCGUUUUGGAUCAGGGGUUGGGCCUAUUUGGUUUACAUAUAUUGUUUGUAAAGGUACAGAAUCAACUCUCAAUGAGUGUAAUUCUUUUCAUAUUCAAAACUACAGAAAGAAAAACGAUUUCCACAGUAAUGGUGUUGGAGUAGUCUGCUCAGGAUUUGUGCGUCUAGCUGGUGGGGAUGGACACUGCUCAGGGCAGGUAGAAGUGCAUUCUGGAAAAGACUGGACUCUAGUAUCUGAUGGGAACUUUACAUUCCUCACUGCCCAGAUCAUCUGUGCAGAGCUGGGGUGUGGCAAAGCUGUGUCUUUCCUGGGAGAUGUGUCCUUCAGGGAGUCAGAUAGACAAGUGUGGCCUGAAGAAUUCUGGUGUAAGGGGGAUGAACCUGAGCUCCGCUUCUGCCCUACAGUGUGCUGUCCAGGAGGUGCUUGCCACCGUAGGGCUGUUCAAGUUUCCUGUUCAGCGUACACGGAAGUCCGGCUCAUGAAAAAUGGCACCUCUCAGUGUGAGGGACAAGUGGAGAUGAAUAUUUCUGGACAUUGGAAAGCCCUCUGCGCCUCACACUGGAAUAUGGCAAAUGCCAAUGUUGUUUGUCAACAGCUUGGCUGUGGAGUUGCUAUCUCUGCUCCAAAAGGAGCAUACUUUGUGGAAGGAGGUGAUCAGAUUUGGAAAGCUCGAUUUCACUGCUCGGGGGCUGAGUCUUUCUUGUGGAAUUGUCCUAUGACUGCCCUGGGCAUUCCUGAUUGUGCUCAUGGAAACACAGCCUCUGUGAUCUGCUCAGGAAACCAGACCCAGGUACUGCCCCAGUGCGACGACUCUGCGUCUGAGCCGGCGGCCUCUGCGGGCUCAGGGGAGAGUGCUCCCAACUGCUCAGAUCACAGACAGCUCCGCCUGGUGGGCGGAGGCGGUCCCUGCGCUGGCAGAGUGGAGAUCCGCUACCAGGACUCCUGGGGCACCGUCUGUGAUGACAGCUGGGACCUGAACGAUGCCCACGUGGUGUGCAGACAGCUGGGCUGCGGCGAGGCCCUCAAUGCCACGGUCUCCGCUCACUUCGGGGCGGGAUCAGACUCCAUCUGGCUGGACGACGUGAACUGCACAGGAAAGGAGUCUCACAUUUGGAAGUGCCCCGCCCGGGGCUGGGGGCAGCACGACUGCAGGCACAAGGAAGACGCCGGGGUCGUCUGCUCAGACUUCCUGAACCUCAGGUUGGUGAGCGAGGACCAGGAGUGUGCCGGGUGGCUGGAAGUUUUCUACAACGGGACCUGGGGCAGUGUCUGCCACAGCCCCAUGACACCCAUGACCUUGUCCAUCAUCUGUAGACAGCUUGGCUGUGGAGACAAUGGGACCCUCGACUCUUCCGUAGUUCCCAGGGAGGGUUCUAGACUUCGGUGGGUGGAUCAAAUCCAGUGUCGGAAAACCGAUUUCUCUCUCUGGCAAUGUCCUUCUGGUCCGUGGAAACACAGAUCAUGCUCUGCAAAAGAGGAAGCUUAUAUCUCGUGUGCAGCUCUUCUCAGAGGCCGUAGGAUCCCAGUCUUCAUGGCUGCUCCUGUAUCCUCUGGGCCUUUCAUUGACUACCAUGUACUUAAUCUGUCCCCUUCACCCCGCUCUCCCGAAAUGUUCUGCAGAGCCUGCUGGAAUUUGGAGCCCGACAUCUUCAAACUCCCUUAUGCCCUCAGUGUUCCCUUCAUUUUCACGUUGUGA